GAAACCGGAAGAUUUUCAGUUAAGGGAUAUAAUGCAGGGCAUUGCAAGUAUUCAGACUACUUUGGCGAAUUUUAUGUUACGGCUCGAUGGACAAGGUCGACACUUAGAUGAAAUUACGAAAGAAAUCAGAGCAAAAAAUGGCAUUCAAGAAAGACUUGAAACUGUUCAAGAGCAAGCUAAUGACACAAUAUAUCUUGUGACAGAACUACAGGAUAACCAGAAAAAAAUGGAACGUGAAAUGAACAGGCUCAAGGAUUAUGUAGUUCGUCUUGAAUACCGUGUAAAUUCACAAAGUAACCAAAUAGUUGAUCUCAAGGCAAGGUCAAUGGAGAAUAACAUCAUUGUUAGUGGUCUGCAGGAAAAAGGCCCCGAGAGGAAGACGCCAGAGAACCUUGCGCAAAUUCUAAGAAAUGUAUUCAUAUCAGAAAUGAACAUGGGGGAGACAGCAGUUGAUGAAUUACAAAUACAGAAACUCUUCCGAAUGGGAGAAUACGAUGCUCAACGAAAAUUUCCGAGACCAGUUUGUGUGCAAUUUGCCGAUAAAGCCCAAAAAGACCUUAUACGGGAACGACGAAAACAGCUGUAUGAAGUUCAAAGAAAAUAUGCAGAACGAAAUAUCGAGACGAAAAUGAAGGGGGACAGGCUUAUCUUUACCCAGAGUAAUUCAAUCUACAGAGAGAAAGUAGGAUCUCUUCCAACGGCAGAUGAGGUGAUUUCCAGCGACGUAGUCAAGAUUACCGUUAACCCUGGAAAGUCAAUUGAGGACAACGGAAACCGGUUUAUGGCGCAUUCCACCCAAGUCGAUUCCUAUAAACAGAUUAAACGAUCAUUAGUGGAAAUCAUGCGUAUCGAAACCGUACCCAGCGCAAGCCAUAACGUUUAUGCUUAUCGCUUCACAAGCAGUGAUGGGAUAAUCCAUGAAGGAUCAAAUGAUGACGGGGAACAUGGUGCGGGAAGGUUACUUUUGAAAAUGCUAGCCGAAAACGAAGUUAACAACGUACUGGUGGUGGUCUCUCGAUGGCAUGGAAACAAUAUUGGACCUCGUCGAUUUUCCCAUAUCAAAGAAGCAGGUCUUAGUGCCGUAAAAAAUUUACCAACUUCAGUUUGA